AUGGCUUGUUUGUUACAGAUCGUUGUGAUCGCCCUGAGCGCGCUGACGACAUUGACGGUGGCCCAUGAUGCCACAUCGUACGCCUAUUACCAUCCGAUAUUCCAUCACACCCAACACCACGGACACGACUAUUACGCUCCACCCAAGUACACGUUCAAAUACGGCGUCAAAGACCCGCACACAAAGGACGACAAACACCAGUGGGAGGAACGGGACGGGGACGUAGUGCACGGUGGCUAUAGCCUGGUCGAGCCAGACGGUCGUAUCCGAAAAGUAACGUACACGGCCGACAAGCACAACGGGUUCAACGCACAUGUACACUACGAGAACCACGCUCAUCACCCGCAAGUCCAUCACCACCACAAACACCACCCUCGUCACCAUCACCGUCGUGGUGGACGUCAACAGUUUUGA